AAAAAAAAAGAACAAAAUGGGGUAAAAGACAAUGUUAGAAGGCUUUCAGGCUUCAGGCUUUUAAAUUAAACAUUCACCUUGUCAAUCUUUAAUCGAUCAAUCGUACUUUAGCACUUAAUGUGCCAUUUCCCUUCUGCCAGCCAGAUGUCUGACUUUUUAUAGCCCCAGUGCGUCCAUCUUUUUCCUAAUGACUUAAAGCUAAGCGAAUGGUUGAGCGGCAGUGCAGAGUCCCGCCUCCCGCUACUUCAGAUGUUCGACCUGAGAUCGCCUGCAAACGCAUUCGCAACCGUCUUCACUCAACUCGGUGGCCAAGCAGCAGUGAGAACAUCUUUCUUUAUUCUCAGCACAGCAAGAACUUCAUCAAGCUUCCGGCCGACUCGAGCGCUUUCUAAACCGGACCGCAGCCUCCUGGAGAUAAUGGAAGUGAAAAAGGAAAUGGAUGAUGAAUACUGUGGGAAACCGGAGGGAAAGGCCAGAGAGCUGCAUGGACAUCAAUUUUCCUUUAAGUUUGAAAACAAAGAUGCAGUUUACGAUGUUGUCUGCAAGCAGGAAGGAACUAUCUACGAAUCACUUCAGAACAGUGAUGUGUUUAAAGAGAAUGCUUCCGUAAACCAACACAAAGAACUUGUUAUUUUACAUAGACCGAAGCAAAGCUAUCGGUUUACAUUAUCCAUGCCACAAAUUGACUAAACUUGAUAAACUUGAUAUGAAACCCCUGACUAUUGCGUACAUCAAGAAGGAAGCAAAGAACAAGACACCUACCACAAGCAGCAAGGAUAAAAAAGAAAAUCAUGGAGAGUUUGUAACAUUUGCUGUAAAAACAACUGGAGGUAUUAACAUUCUUUCUAAGGUUAUGAAAAAUGUUGGGCUGAGAAAGAGAGUGGAUGAGGUUAUUUUGUAUGGAUACAAAGGUCAAACAAUCAGAGAAGCUCUGGUGCAAGAUGCACGUUUUAGUGACGAGGUAUUGCAAAACCGCUCUAACAAUUAUUUUCUGGAGGAUACAGAGGAUGGUAGUAACAAGCAAAUGUCCCUUCCUAUAGAUUAUCUUGAUGGUAAAUGUUUCAAGAUAACAAAACCAAAACCGCAGGUAUCCCUUGGUGCUGCAAACCAUGAUGCACCACAGGAGGCAACAUCAAGUAAGACUGCAAGCUCGAACAGUCCAACAUCAGUGCAAAAUGGGAGACAUCAGCCAACCCCAAGCACUAGCCAUCAGCCAUCCCCAAACAAGAGCAAUCAGCAAUCCACCUAUCAGCCUAUACCGAACUCUAAGGACCUGUUGCAACUCCUUCGUUCUCAGUUUAAAGAUCUUGUCGAAGUAAUGAUAGGACGCCAGAAUCCUACUCCUCAAGCUGUCAAAAAACAUCUCUCUCAAGAGUUUGGGAAAAGGACAGAGCUUUGCCAUGAGGUGAGAGCAAUGAGGAGGUUUCUAGAGCUUGGUGAUUCUGUUUGCCAGGUGAGAAUAGAUGACUCGGCAGCAGGGAGUGGCUUUCUUCUAUAUGGAAAGUACAUCCUAACAAACGCACACGUAGUCCUUGAUGAAGCAAAAAGAGAAAAAAGGGAAAACAUAACUGUUAUUUUCUCCUAUGAGAAACUUUCAGACAUCCAUCAGUCAAUCGGUGUGGAGGUCGUUGCCGGUGUCUCUAAUGUUGACGAUGAAGGCCACAAGCAUGAUUGGGCUUUGCUGGAGGUCUCUGGUGAUCAAAAAAACGGACCAAUAAAGGCAAAGCCUCUACUUGAGCGCUUGGGACCGGUUACUGAUAGUGGUCAGAUUUGCAUCAUCGGGCACCCGGAAGGGAAGGUCAAAAAGAUAGACCCAUGCUUCACAAUCUCUCAUUCUGAACGUGGGCAAAAUACUCUGUUUUUAACUAGCAAAUACACAAAUUCUCCAGAGCCAAUGGAUAAGAAGAUACAUACCUAUGAGAGCUGCUUUUAUUUUGGCUCAUCUGGCUCACCUGUCUUUGAUAUCAAUUUCAAAGUUGUAUCGAUGCACAGUGGGGGGUUCCCCGACGAGAAACAGGGCCAUCUCCUUGAGUAUUCACAUCCCCUGUCACUCAUUAUUGAAGAACUCCUUAUUCAGAUAUUGAGAGACAAAAAAGUGGAUUUGCUGUUGGCAAUGGACACCUGUGACAUUCCCCCAAUGGUGAAGGAUAUGUUCAAGAAAAUAUUGAGUAAUAACAAAGGAUUGGUCUGGACAGAAGAGGAAAUUAUUAACCUCUGUGAAGGAGACCAAGCUUGUACCAAUACCGAACUUCUAAAGGAUUUUUUUAGACUUUACUCACAGAGAGAUGAACCCACGGAACCAGAAGCUAUGGACAUUUAGCAUUACUUUAGUAAACCUCUACUUUGUAUUAUGCAUUUCCCUCAUACAAAAAUAGUCAAAUACAAUUGUAGCCGUUUACUCUUUGCCACUCCAUCUAGGUGGCUGUCCCUCCACCUAGAUUACGUUACUGGGCUCAAUCCACACAAGAACAAAGGCAGUUUAAACCAGUUUAGUGUAGUUUGAGCAAUAUUAUGUGCAGAGCAGGUGCUCCAUGCUGCCAUGGCAGAGAUGUACUCUGAGACUGUGGGGUGAUGGCUGACUCUUCCACUUAAUCUCUCAAUCACUCUUCCACUUAACCCCAACCCUUACAUUGUAUAUGUUUUGAAAGGUUUUAAAUGUUUUGUGACUUGGUACCUUAAUGUAUUUUUUAUUUUUUAUAUCAAUUCACAAUAAGGACUUAUUUCAUAACUUCAAUAGUUAAAUCUUUUUUUUUUUUACUAUUAUAUCCAUUGUACUGCUCUUUCUGCAUUCCUAUUUAAAGUUUUCCCUUUUAUGCAAUUUUUGUUAUGCAUGUUAUUUUAGAGUGCAAAGUUGAAACCAUAGUUUUAAACACUAAUAGUGUUGUAAUAAAUGUAAUAAAUAUGGGAUUUUUACUGUUUUUAUUUAAUUUAAAUAAAUGUAUUUAAUUUAUACCUUUCCUUAUUUUACAUCAAACAAAAUGUUAAAUAAUUUGAUAUAAUAUCAUAGUGCAUACAUGUUGCAAAACUCUAACUGUUCUGUACCAGUUUUGUUAAUUAGAAAAUGUAUAAUUUUUUAGAAAAAGGAAAUUAAAAGUCCUACGAACAUUCCCUCUGGCUUCCAGAUGUGUAGUGUUGUGGAUAAAAACCAACACAAAAUACGAGAGGUCGAGAAGGAAAAGUUUUGAAAGAAAAAUACUUUAGCACUUAAUAGCACAGAAGUCAUAACCUGAGUUUGUUUGCAUGAACUCCUGAUCUGGCAUCAGGCUUCAGGUUAUAUCCCCACACGAUGUGGCUUCCCCCCCCACAUUCACUGACCAAUCACAACACUAUGCAUCGGGCCUAGAACUUUGAGACCUCCUUGUCCCCCACCCCAGUUCUCCAUUAACUAAACAUGCACUCAUCUUCCUUUCCUGAGUUCUCAGUAUAUGUGCAAAGGUCUGUUUUA